CGCUUUACGGUAAAUAAUGGCGGUCGCCCCAGACUCCUCGUGAGCUCAUCUAGCUAGAACGUUCUAGCUCUUUCAACCGUUUGUGUUCAUAAGUGGAGAAAACUGGCUGUUGGCUCAAAGAGCAACACUUACACGGUUUAGUUUGGACCCAUCACAGUCAUGUCAGGAAACGAGCAGAACAGGAGAUACCCCCAGAACCUUCAGGGGGUCCUGCAGCUGGCAGUGGAUGCUGGAUCUGCAGCAGAAGGUCCAGCUCCUGUAGAGGCCAUGUCAGAGGAGAGGAAAACGUGGCUGAGGGAAGCUCUUUCAGACAUGUGUAAAGGCCAGAUGGAUGAAGUGGAGCAUAUGAAGCAGUGCCUGGCUGUCCUACACAGAGAUGAAACGAGUGAAAAGGAAGAAGCUGAUGAUGAUGACGAUGCUGAUGAAGAGGAGGAUGAACGGGAAUCAGUUUUUGAGAUGUUGUCUGAAUUGUGUGAGAACUUGGACAACGCUAGAGAUUUUAUGAUUCUUGGAGGGCUGGAGUUGUGCGUCUCCAGGUAUCUGAGUCAUAUCCAGAGUGGGCUGAGGUGGCGGGCUGCCCAGCUCAUUGCCUCAUGUGCUCAGAACAUGCCACAGGUGCAGGACCACUUGCUGCAGAUCGAAGUGCUGCCGAAGUUGCUGCAGCUGACAGAUUCAGACCCAAAUCCCACUGUCAGAGUAAAAGCUCUUUAUGCUGUUUCAUGUCUGGUCCGGGAGCAGGAGGCAGGGCUCUUGGCGUUCGUGGCUCAUGAUGGCUUCUCGGUCCUGAUGAGAGGGAUGCAGUCAGAAAAUGAGAAGCUCAGGACCAAGUCUGCUUUCCUUCUGCUCAAUCUGCUGACCUCACACCCCGAACACAAAGAAACGGUUGUCUCUAUGGGGAUGGUGCAGCAGCUCGUCGCAAUUCUCCGCAUGCCACAUUCACCUUUCCAUGAACACGUGCUCGGUGCUCUGUGCUGUUUGGUAGAAGAUUUUCCACAAGGACUGAGGGACUGCAGGAACCCUGCGUUGGAUCUGGAGGAAUUCCUCAAACAGCGAGCCAAAGACCUCCAAGGAAAAGAUGAAAGUCGGGAAGAAUUUGACUUCUGCGAACGUCUGAGAGUUCUGUGUUUCAGUGGGCAACAAUCGGAUGACGUUGGAAUGGAUCGCUAAAGCACAUGCUUGUUUGUUUUUAUUUAUUGUUUGGUAUCGGUACAAAAAGAUGUACCCAAAUGUUCAUGAGUUAACUCAUGAAUGCAGUGACAUUUAUGUCCAUUUAUGGCAGUUGCUGUUCAUAUUUUCAUG